ACAGGCGAAAAAAAUACCGAAAAAGUACUGGAACUCCUUCAAGACGGUGGUGACUUCCAUCAAAGACCUCGGAACUCGGUUGAGUCAAUCUUGCCACCCUCUUUUUUACCAAGUAACUACCAUCUAAUUGUGGGCGAACAUGGAACAGGAAAAACAACUUUAAUUCAAAACUAUAAUAGAUCUCCAAGAGCCAAAGGCUUUAUUUGUCGUGCAGAUCUAUCUAAUGCUUCACAAUACCCCACUUGGGAUUUUCUGAGCGAGCAACUACUCACAGCCUCGCUACACUAUAAGCGAAAAUACAAACGUCUGAUGGUUUUGAUUAUUGAUCAAUCAGACCGCAUUGCUAAGAAAGUCCCAGAAUUUCUUGUGUUACUCCAAGAUUUUGCGAAGGACGGUGCGGAUAAACACACACUUGUCAUUAUAUUUGUCUCGAAUGAAGGCUUGGUUCCGCAACUUAUGGCAUCUCGUUCUGCGUGGUCGCGGGCAUAUAUUGCUUUGGAAGUUGAUAUCUCAGAUGAAGAAGCUAUGAAAUACUUGCGAAAUUCGGGUAUUGACCAAGAAACCGCUGAAUAUGCGGUGAAAUAUCUGACGGGCGGGCGGUUUGCUCGAUUAUCAAUGGUCAAGUAUCAAACCUCUAAAAGUUUGCUUCAAACAUGGAAAAAGCAACUGUUCUUGGAGAUUGCGAAUAAUUUACGUGCUGUGGAAGUUCCUAGAAACCAUGAAUUCUUCACAAAACUUCUUAACGUACAUCAUAUGCGCAUCGAGCAAGCUGAAAUCAUUAUGCCUUUCAAUAUGCUUCGUAAACUUGUUGAAGUUAAUAUUCUCAAACAAUCUACGGACGGCGACCUGUCCUUUCAUGAGCGUUGCGUCGAAACUUUAGAGAGGUAA